AUGGCGCGUAUUAAAAUUUUUGGCUCCGAAUUUAAAGUCCCUGAGCCAGAAGAGUUAUCGUUUGAAAACGAUAAUGGGAUAGAUAAACGCCUAAGCGAAUUUAUUAUAUUUCGCAAACUCUUAAGCUACGUCUUACGUAAAAAAAACAAUCACCCUGGCGAUAUUGAAGAAGUAUCUAAGAUAGCUUCGAAUGAAUGGAAAAAGAGAACGCCAGAAUUAAAAGUCUUUCUCAAAAGUUAUACUGCUAAGGUGAAAUCCACUACUCCAAGCACGGGUGUCAUAACCGUUACAGAUUUUAAUUUGAUUGAAGGUAAUGAUAAUGUAGUCAGCGGUAAUACCCCUGAUCCCUAUUAUGCUUUGUUUUUAGAAAUUAUUGACGUAGAACAGUGUGAAGGUGCUGGAACACCACAGGAAGAAAAUUAA